GCUGAUAGGCUUGCCCUUAAGCCUAGGAGCGCUUUCUUGCCUGAUCCAUUUGACUACCAUUGGCAUGGCCUGGCAGGUCUAGCUUUCCUACGUGCGUUUUCCUACGUUAUAACGAUGUUACAACUUAGCAUGCUACCUUAAUUGAACAUAAUGCAAAGAUUAAGUACUCGGGCUAGCUGAACUUGUGAGCUAGGUGGAACGGAUGUGACAGGUUUCCUCGCUUAGUCCAUGCCGUUGGCAGCUGCAAACAGCCUGACAGGGGAAAAAUGAGCCAACAGGUGGACUCAAGUUUGAGCGUUCCAGCCUCAGUACCUAGCGUUCGAGCGCUGCAGUCCAACCCAGAGGUGUUGACACCUGUGCGCCAUGGCUUCUUAUGGAAGCGCUCUCGCAUGUUCAAAACGUGGCUAUCUCGCUGGUUUCAGCUGGACGAAAACGGCUUUCUGUAUGCCAUAUCUCCGAAGGCCAUCAAACAGGAGGGCCGCCCCGUGCUCGCCAGCGCUGUCCGGGAAGUCCUAUCCCUGCCACCGCAGCGCUACCGGAACGGCGCCACCAUGUACGGCAUACGCGUGGUCGCCAUCAAUGGCUCCAUUAAGGACAUCUUCACCGACGACCACACAGCCCUUCAGGCCUGGGCGCUCGACCUGUCUAGGUCCACCGUGCCCGCACGUGAGCGCGCAGCAGCCAAAGCCGCCGCGGCAGUGGCAGCAACACCAGCCCGACCGCUUCCGCUUCCACCUCCGAUGCGCCCGGCGCCCUUGGAGCUCCGGCUUGCGGAUCUCUGCGAAACGGACUGGUCGCAUGCGCUCGGGUCAGGGCUCUUUGCAUGUGUGCUGCGGGGGCGCAUGCAUGGCACGGGCGAGGCGGUCGCGGUUAAGAUUGUGAAGGCGGAGGCGUACCGGGAGUACAGCGACAUCAUCCAUCGCGAGGCGGUGGUGUGGGCGGCGGCGGGCAGCCACCCGCACAUUGUGCAGCUGAAGCAGGUGCUCAAGUCACCCAACCGAAUGUACUUUAUCGCAGAGUUAUGCGAGGGCGGCGGCCUGAUUGAGCGGCUCGCCGCCUCCGCGACCUACUGCGAACGGGAGGUGGCCUGGCUUGUACGACAGCUGCUUGCUGCUGUACAGCACCUGCACGACAAUGCAAUCGUACACAUGGACAUCAAGCCGGAAAAUGUCGUGUUUGUGAACAGGCGCGAGGACUCGGCCAUCAAGCUGAUUGACUUUUCGCUCGCCUCCUUCUUCUACAGCCCCACCGACCCGGGGGGCACCCCCGAGUUCGUGGCACCGGAGCUGCUCAAUCGUCCGGAACACUACGCCAGGGAGGGUUGCGGCCCCGAGGUGGACAUGUGGGCGGUGGGGGUGGUGCUCUUCUACCUGCUCAGCGGCCAGACGCCCUUCCAGGCGCCCAGCCUGGAUGCGGUGCUGCAGCGCGUGAAGAGCGGCGAGUGGGCCUUCCACGGCAGGAGAUGGGCGCUGGUGAGCGAGGGUGCCCGCGACCUGGUGUCCUGCCUGCUGCGCUUCGAGCCCUCGCAGCGGCUGACUGCCGCGGAGGCGCUGGCGCACCCCUGGCUGCGGCGGCCCGACAGCCUCAGUCAGGCGCUGCUGCAGGACGCGGUGGCGGCGUUCAAGUCCGCCGCCCUCGCCUCCCAGCAGCAGCUCCGUUCCAGCUGGGUGAAGCAGGUCAGCGGGGAGCUCAUGAUGACCGCGGGAACCAACGCCUCGCCGCACACCUCCCUCAGUCGCUUCGCCUCAAUGAGCGUCGGCGCCGCCACGUCAUUGACCGCCGGAGCCGCCGCCGUCGUCGCCGCGACCGGCGGUCCCGGAGGUGGCCCCAUGCCAUUUGCCGGCGGCAUGCCGGGCGAUGGGGUCAUUGCCGGCAUGGGUCCCGGAGGCGCAUUAGUCAUGUCGUCCCAUUCGCAUCAUCAACUGCUACAGCCCAGUGGCUACUCGGGUCGCGGCUCGCCGGCCGGAUCCGUUCGUCCGUCGGCGCAUUCGGCUCACUCGGCGCGAUCUGCCGCCGCCGCCGCCGCUGGCGGCGCCGCCUCGCGGCUUAGCCCGCAUGGGAGCUCAUUGGGUAACAGUCCGCAUGGCAGCCCCGGCGGGGCGGCUAGAAGCCCCCGGAGCCCCUUGGGUAUGCGCACGAGGCGUGCCAGUGACACGCUGGCAUACACUCUGGCUAUCACGGAGCGGCAGGAGUCCCUGAGCCAGAUGCAGGCACAGGGCAUUCCCGUACCCACCACGGGAGCCCUGCAGUGGCCAGCGCUCUCCAUGGCAGCAGCCGCCAAGGCGCGCCGUGCGUCCAUAGGGCCCUCGUUAUCGCCCUCGGGAAGCCAAGCCGACAUGGCGACUGGCGGAUCCAUGACGUCACGCGUCGGCAGCGGCGGCGGAGGCAGCGGCGGCGGCGGCCAUUCGCCUUCCGGUACGACAGUCAUGCGGCAGCCGUACAUGACUCAGGGGGGUUUGCCGUACCAUGGAAGUGGGCACAUGGUGGGCAUCAACCCGCAUCACCACCGGGGGACGAGCGGUUUGUCGGUUAUGACGAGCGCGAGUUCGUUGGUGGCGACCCGUGGGGCGGCAGGCGACGGGAAGCCCAACGGAGGCCGGAGCUACCCGGAGCUAAAUGCCAUGCGGGUGAACUCUGCGUCUACGGUUGGAGGUCGCUCGGGUGCCAACUCAUCCGCCGACACAACGCCCCACUCGUCCAGUCGCGACGGUCCAGCUCCCCGGACCUCCUGGACGAGUCUGCCUGCCCACAUGCAGCAACAGGCCCAUCAGCAGCUACAUUCUCAGCUGCUGCUACAACAGCAGCAGCAACCGCAGCAGCAGCGAGCGCUGCAGCAAUACCAGCAACAUCAACAACAGAGCUGCAACUCCUCCCUAGCCGCCGGCAGCGGCGUUUCUGCCGGUGGCACCGAACCUGCAGCAGUGGCAGGGACGGGGGCAGCAGGAGAAGCAGCGGGUUUGCCGGCGUCAGACCAAGCUCUGCUGUCGCAUGCAACAUCGCCAAAGGUUGGAGUUGCAACGGGAAAGUCACAAUCCUACCAUGUCAUCCCAAGCACAUGGCUGGAUGGGCAGGGCCGACCCGUGGGUCGCAGCCAGUCCACAGGCUACGGAACCAUGCCGGCGGCAGCAGCAGCAGCUGCCACCGGCAUGGGCCCGGCUGCCGCCGGCCCUGGCACCGGCAGCACAUCGCAGCGCAGAGCUUCCAUGAGUUUUACGUUGGGCGGAUCAGGAGGCGCGGUGCCCGCGGCUGCGCUGAUGCCGCAUGGACCUUCUCCGCUGUCGAACGCCAGUGGGGCUCGCUCGGCGACGACGAGCUCGGCCGCCGUUGUCGUCGCGGCGGCGGCGGCAGUUGGCAAGGACGCCGCGUUAUUAAUUAAGCGUCCAAGUCGCAACGGCGGCGCUGCGGCUGGCGGUAUUGUCAAGUCUCGAAGCGGUAGCAGCACUCCGGUGCAAGGCAGCCCUGGCACGAGUGCCGGAAACGUUCCCCAGUAUGGCUGCGUCGCGAACACCGGUGGCAGCGCCAGCGGACCCAUGGGUCCGACCGCCGCCGUUGGCGUGAGCGGCAUGGGCUUGGCAUCCUCACACAGCGGAUCCAAUUCCAUGUACGCUGCCGUACUCCGGGCUAACCUCUCGGGCCACGGCCUUUCGGUCGGCAGCAGCGGCGGCGGUGGCGGCGGCGGGCCCACUAGUGAUAGUGGCGGUGACGGGUUUCGGAGGAUGAGCUCGCGUAGUGGCAGCGGCAGCCCUGGCGGCAGCGCCACGCAUGUACAUGUGGCGGCUGCGGGAGACGUCGCCGCCGGCAUGGGAGGUAAAGCAAUGUGGGGGGCGGCGGCGCCGCCGCCGCCGCCGCCGUCGGGGCCGAGUGGCGUUUGCGGCGGCGGCAGCAUCAACUUGGACAGCGGCGGCGGCGGCUGCGGAAGGAACAGCGGCAGUGAAUCCAUGGCGACACGGGAAUCCGUGCGACUACUGGCGGAGCAGUUGAACGUGCCGGCGCGGACCUGCAGCGGGGAGUUGCGGCGGACGGCAUCUGAUGCGGUUUCGGAGCGUGGUGCGUUGCAGGAAUUAGCCAUUUUAGACAGCGACGACGGCGGCGAAGUCAGCGAGGGCGGCAACGCCGUCACAGACGGAGCGUCUCCUCAUCAUCAAGGGUUGUUACCCCGGCAGCAUCCAUCGUCGUCAUCGGCGGCGCCGGCACGGCAUCUAUCACCUCCCAAUGUAACCCUAUCCGCGCAGCGUUCUGAAUCCCCAAGAAGCGCGUUCUGCGAUGUUGCCUUCGCUACAGAAGCUGCCGCAACCAUUGCCGGCAGCACCCAUGGAGCCGGCAGCAGACUUGGAGGAGCUCCAUCGCCGUCAAAGCAUGCGUCACAUCCGCCGCCGCAGGAGCAACCUGAUUUGCAGGACAGCCUGCCACUUCACCAGCAGCGGCGACCUAGUUCGGCAUCGCUGCCACACAACUUCUACUUCGACUCCGGCGAGGGACCCGUCGUGAUGAGUGGCAUACCUGGACGCCCCCUUAGCGGCCCGCAAACCAGCUUUGUGGACGCAGCAGUAUCAUGCAGCGCAAAAAGCAAUGCCGUCGUCGGUGGCGGUGGCAGUGGUGCGGGUGCGGGUGCGGGUGCUGGUGUAGAUGGCCGUUACCCCAGCGGUAGCAGCAGCGGCUGCGGCAGCGGAGCAAUAGCGGAGUUGCUGCGCUCUACGGGCUUGGCGCCUCGCGCCAGCAGUCGCCUCGCGCUUGAGACAAUACCCAGUGAGGAUCCUGAGACUUUAUCGGGACUGCUGCUGUCGGUGCGGGAGGAAAGGGCGGCUGCCGCCGCCGCAGCAGCAGCUGCAUCUGUUGCUGCAACAACCACCACUGGUACGCCUCCAGCAGGAACACCACAUGAUGUGCCUGGCACCGGCUCAGUUUUGCGGGCGGCGUCCCCUGCUCCUGGGUCCCCAUUGUCGCCGGCUUGGGUACCGCAUGGGAAACCGCCGCAACAGCAACUGUUGCAGCAACAACAGGAGGGGCAGCUGACGCAGCAAACACAGCAGCAGCAGCAGCAGCAGCAGCUACAGUCCACAAGGCAGCCUUCACUAAAGCACUUGCGGCCGACACAACAGCAUUCACAGUCACAGCCACAGUCGCCAUCAGGGCUGCCACCGCUGCCACCCCAAUAUCCUCCGCAUGCUGCGGGGACGUCGCAACCCAGCUCACCGGCCGCCAACAUCCAUGCGCGGGCUUUCCUAACUCCCCAAGCUAGCCGCCUGCACGGGAAGCCGCAAGCAUGGGAAAACUCAACAACUGAGUCGCCAACGAAUGAAGUUGUCGGCGGCGGCGCCGACGGCGGUGACGCUGCUGCCGUCACCGCUGGCGCCGCUCUCGCACAACGCGCACUCAGCAACAACAGCCCCACUCCUCGGCGCAGUGUACGGCGCUCUGUAACCGCCAGCAGCCUUCGCCAGCAUGCGACGACGGCGGCGGCGCAAGCCGCAGCUGCCGCCGCCGCGGCGGCGGCGCGAGCAGCCGGCCCGCCGGCGGACGCCGACGACGAGGAAAACGACCCAUUUGCAGAUUGGAACUACCCGCCGCCUGCGGCACGUCGGAGGGCGUCCAGCAUUGGCCUUUCGGGCGCAUCGUUAGCGGCGCUGCUGGCCCAAGCGGCGCCGCUGGCGCAAGCGGCGCAAGCGAAUGCCGCUGCUCAGAUUGCUUCUAGCCAAGCCAGCAGCUUCAGUGUUUCAAGGCACAGCAGCUUCAGCAACGGCCACAGAGCUAUGUUAGCCGCCGCGUUAGGUCCUGGGUACGGGGCCCCUGGCGGUGGCGGCGGCGUGUUUCCCGGUGGCGCUAGCUCAAUACACUCGGCCGGCAACGACAGCUCGGGGUCGCUGCAUUCCGGCGGCGGCGGGAUAUCCCCGGCGAGGGAGGCAAGCCCCCGUACCGUGCGGCGAUCUACCACCGCCGCUAGCCUGACGGCAAGCCUUGGCCUGCCAAGGGGCCAGCAGUCUCCGUUGCAAGCCUACGCCGGCGGCGACGCCGCCGGCGCCGGCGGAGGUAGCGGACAUGGUCAGGGUAUGCUGUCGAAGCUCCUGGCGCAGGCCUUGCCCAUGGCGCAGGCAGCGCAGGCGCAUGCAGCUGCCCAGCAGCAGCAGCACCUCCAGUCCGCGCAACAGCCAGCGUACGGCAUGUUGACCUCCAGCGGCUUUAGUUUUACGGAAAAGGCCAGUUUGCCGUCAGGUGCUGCCUCCGCCAACUCCUCCGCUGCCGCCGGAUACGGUACGGCACGUGGCGCCGGUUUCAAUUCCGGAACGUACGGCAGCGGAAGCAAUAGUGGCGUCGUUGGGUACGUUGGUAGCGCCGCCAGCGGCGGCGCGAUGGCGGCGGCUGCCGCUACCGGCGGCGGCAGGGGCAGUAACGGAGGUGGCGCGGAGGCUUCUUGGGUUCGUCGUAGCACCACCGCACAUGACCUGCGGGAACAGUCGGCGGCUCCUGCCGUGCAGCUCUCCGGACACUCCAUGGUGCACCGUCUGGCACAUGGUCAACAGCAGCAGCAACAACAGGUCGGCGGCGGGUACGGCACACUGCCCUCGGCUUCACCCCCAAAGGACCCUGGCAGUCCAAACACGUCCCUGCGGACGACGUCUCGGGGAGUCCCCAACCACCCCUCGGUGCCCAGCCGGCUCAGUAACUCGGGUGCAGGGUCUGCCAGCGGACGUUUUGGCGGCGGAGGCAGCGGAUUGGGUGCGUCGUCGCAGCCGCAGCCACAGCAGCAGUAGCUUAAUCAUCAACAGCAGCAGCAGCUGCAGCAGUAUCUGCAAAGGUGAAAGCAGGAGUGGCAAGUGUUUUUUGAAAUGCACCCGGCUGCAAGCAACAUGCACAGUAGCACUCUUCAACAUCAGGAGCAGCCUAAUCCCGUUCACAGUGUUUACGCGAAUGCGUGGACGGAUUUGGGAUAAGAUGGAACAGGAUAGGUUGAGUAUGUCUUUGUGACUGAGAGCGUGCUGAAACGGCUUUACCGAGCUUGGAAUGCUCAAGUCAAGUUGGCAGGAAAUGAACCCCAUCAAAGUAUGCGGUAGUGGACAAACGUAGACAAACCUGAACGGCGAGUAAAUGUCGAUGGACAUGAUGCGUGCAUAGCGCGCUUGCGGAGCAAUUCAGUUGGGGGUUUGCGCGAGCACAUCAGCUUUCAGCAUAGCGGUGGGUUGGGUUGCGGUGCUAAGUUAUCAAGCAUGAUGGGCUGAUAGCCGCUGCUUUUGUGGUGGUGCCACAACUGUUAAAUGCGUGGGUUUGCUUAAUGUAUAUGGCUCGUGCUGGUCUGGCCUUCCUAAGCAACGCUGUUGAUUUUGGAAGCCCAUAUGGGUCGUUCGUGCGCUUGGGUUCCCCGUCCUGCAGGUGGUACCGGUACUGUUGACUUGCGGCAAGUGCCAGUCUUACGGCAUUGCAUAUACGAUAUGCCGGUAUACACCCGAUUUCAGCGGGUUACGAACGUCAUGGCAGCUUAACAUGUCUGAGCGCACCCAGUGGAAAUGUGGAAACAGAAAGAGCUGCGUUGGCAAGCGGGAUUCGUGCUUGCGCAUGCACCUGCUGCUCAGGUGUUUACAGACCCGCGCUUGCAAGUAUUGCGAUUAUUGGAGUAUUGCUUCACUUACAAGAGAUUCGGGGUAGCUAGUUGCUUUUUGGUUACCGGUAACAACUACCUCUGGUAACAACAACCCCCGUUUUAUAUUGUCGGCAGGAGAGUGCGUCCGGGUACUGUCUGUACGGUUUGCAACCGCACCUCUGUGUUUCACAAAACGUCGCAGACAGACACAGCCGUCCCUGCGCUGUGUGUGGAUGCGUUUUGGGGCUUAAGGUGCUGAACAGGUUGUGCAAGAGAAAGGGCCGAUUCAGCUGCUUUGCAUGGCCUUCGACUGGCUUCGAAGUUCGAAACUCCGCCCAGGCGCAACGGAAGGAGCUUUUGAGAAGGCGACGCUGCUGCUUGCGGUUGUGAAGAUUUUGGGUCGUCGUCUUUUCCUGCAAUUCAGGAUGCAGGAUAUCAUCACGUGAGCAGAGAAGCGUUUUAUACGGUCAACUCGCGACACCGCAACCUAUCCCAUGUGACCGGUUGGGUUGGUUGGCUGUUGCAGUGAUACUUUCGGUGGUUUCAACACUUGUGGAGCGAGUAGUAGUUGUGUAGGUCGUACUCGGUUACAAUGGGUUGCUUGGUUUGACAGAGUGCAGGCGUGUCGUGUGUGGUUGCCACCCGGAGCGAUGGUGAGGGGUGAGGGGUGAGAACGUAACGCAGGGCCUUGCGUGGUGGUGGGGGGUGCUUUGGAGUGCCCAGGUAUUCGUGGAGUAUGCUGCUUACGAUGCUACUGAUGCUCUGCUAAUUUGCUCAGGUCUUGGCUGAUCUUGGUGGCCCAUAUUGUGUGGAGAAUUGCCACAGGCAGGGAAAGAUGUACGGUAAUACAAUAAGCCUUGAGCUGGUAUUCGUACAUCGUGCAGACGAGGUAAAGGAGUGGUGUUCCCUUUUGCUCCUCACCUUCGUCCUCGAGCGUGGCUGUGUGUGUAUUCGCUGGAUGCAUGGUGUUUCUGCUCGAGCCAUUGUUGCACCCUUUCGCUUCCACAGCACCAUACGAAAACGAAGAUCUAAGCCGCACUGAAAUGCCGUCUCUGCAGAGGAGGUCUUAGCCCCGCAACCUAUCUGCACCUCUCGGUUGGUUGCCCUAUGAACAGCUGCGUCUUUGUUUCUUCUUGCUUUCCUUGUCUCCGUUUGAUGCAUGCUAGGGGGAUGUGCAACUACAGUAAGCAGUUGUCCAGAGCUGCAUGGUGAUGCUUGUCCGCCUGCGAGCUUACUCCGUGCAAGCAAAACGUCUUUGUUGCGUACAAAUUAGUUUGUGUGGGUAUAUAUCAAUAUAUGACGGCCCACCUUUUGGUGGGCUUCUUCUCUCACACGGCCGUGCUGUGUUGCGGAUUAGUAUGGCUGGUAUGGGAUUCUCGGUGAGCUGGGAGACUUGGCGGUCUCGGGGCUGGCGUGUGAGACCCAGUGCACUCAGUCACCUUCAGUCUAGACUGAAAUGUUUAUAAGUAUGUUCUAUGGUGGGUUAUACGGUGGGUUAUAUGUUUGAGCCAGUAGGGGUGCAGGGCGUGGGGUGUUUGGGAAUGUGGGUAGUGCGGGGUUGCGGCGUACGGGUUAGUCAAUUAUACAUACACACUUGCUCUUGUUAGCCGGUUAUGGUGAAUGAUCUAGUUGGACGGCAGAAAGCAUAGACGUUUGGGCUUUUGGCGCAGCCUGCGUAUGAAAAUUUAAUACCAUGAGGUAGGUUUUCAAAUUCCCUAUCCAAUGGUGUUAAGAUUGACGACAAUGCGCAGAUGGGGCCGACAGUGCAUCAGUGCGACAUUGAUGUUGAUGUUGCGGGCGUCAAGACAUCCAUUGCUACACAUGCAAGCGCCAUGUGCACCACCAGAGCGUCGUAGCCUUGUUUCUUUUGGUGUUCCUUUUUGGUGCAUGAAUAUCGCCUGAGCGGGAGGGACUCCCCCUCUCCCAAGCAUUUGCGGCACGCAUCACCCUGAGGGGGGAGAGGACUCCCUGUCCCCCCUUUUACCCCCCUCCCCCUGCGUUUCUUCCUCCUGUUCCCCCGCGUGCACAUUAAGUGCAUAUGUUGGGCUACCAGCGGGGCAGCAAGAAACCUCCAACUGUCUGGAGGGUGACAACGGGUCAAAUCUUACAUCUACCAGCGUAUGCACACUGUAUCAACUGCAGUGAUGAAACAGUCUCUGUCCAGUUUCUGCUGUUCUAGGCACACUGCGCAGCUAAGAUUGCUAUGUAGCGUUUGAGCUGUUUGGAUAACUGAGCGCCUAUUAAGAUGCAGCUGCUUCGUCUUAAUUGCACAUGCGAAGUUACACCAAAUACUGUCAUACUGCGAGGAAUGGGACUUUUUCUACGUUUGUCCAUUGUAUCAAAGGCGGUAAUGCGGCAGGCAGCAGUGCCUGAGCUGAAGUGACAGGCUAAUGAACAUCAAU